AUGGCGGACCCUCUUUCGAUCCUAGGUGCCGCGCUGGGGGUGGUAUCUCUUGGCCUACAGGUACGCGAAGAGAUCACCUCAUACUGCAAAGCGUGGCGAGGCGCAGAGGAAGAAAUCCAAGAAAUCGCCAAUAAAGCCGAAAGCCUCGAAGGCCCACUCAACGCUCUGCGAGAAAUUAUUCAAGAAUCACAGCUCUCCGAUCCCGGUAUCGCUUACGAUCUUCAGAAUAAGAUCCAGAGUAUCCGCGGAGGUAUACUGAAGGUUCAAAAUGCGGUCGAUCGGUGGAAACCCGCCCUAUCCGCCGAGGGCUUCGGCGAGAAGAUGCGUGCGCAAAGAAAGAGGGCCGCAUAUCCAUUUCGGAAAGAGGCUUUGCGGGCUUUGGCCAAUGAUUUGGAUAGUCUUCAGAUGGGACUGCAGACUACUCUCCACGUGUGA